GUAAAUAUGUGGGUAGUUUUCGGUUUAAAGUCGGCAUCCUUGGCAAUGGAACAGUAUUUCGAUUCAGUCUUUCGGGAAACCGUAUUGAAACUGAAGGUGGUUGGUAAAAUGAGUUUACACCGUGUUCUUUCAAUAUGUCGAAACCGAUGCAGACACAAUUUUUGUUAAAUGAAGUUAGUAAAUUUAUUCAUUUAACGAACGGGAAAGUUGGGCAAAUUGUAAACGAAUUAGUGGACAUUAUUCUGAAUAAAGUGAAAGCAAAGGACACGCUAUUUUGCAGACUGUUCAGUGAGAAAUUAAUUUGUGGCAGUUAUCGCGAUCAGAUUAAAAUAAAUGAACCAGAUGAAUUUGAUUUAAACAUCCUUUUGAAUUUAUCCAAAGCCAAAGUAGUGAAAAACGAGAAAAGCCAUCCAGGUUUCGUGAAGGUGGACCUAAGCGCUUACAAGUGCGAUGAAAAUUUUAAAUCAUUUUUGCAACGUUUCACAAACAGACGCUGCUUUCUUCUCGUUUCCAAUUUACAAUCGUGGUUUGAAAGCUGCAUAAGCAGGGUGAAAAUACACAAUUCUGUCAUCGAACUCAGAAGUUACAAGUUUUACGUUAAGGUACGGAAAGCCGGCCCAGCACACACCAUCUCUUUUGAAACCCAGGAAGCGGCAUCUGACCCUUAUUUAACAACUGGGUUCCGAUUCAGUGUUGAUCUUGUGCCAGGGAUCCAGUUCGAUCGGGAUGACUGGCCAUCUGAAAUUGCCCCGGAUCGUGACAAUUAUAAAUGGGUUGCUAUUCCGAAACCCUUAAACGGCUCCGGUAACGCAGAACACUUGCUGUUUGUUCCUUCCUAUGCGGUGCAGGAAUCCGACAUUAUGUUAGCGAAAAAUAGCAAAAAGAAUGCUCUCCGUCUAAUAAAAAAAAUUCGUGACAGGAACAAUAUCCAGAAUUUGAAAAGUUAUUUCAUAAAGACGGUUUUUUUGUGGAAGAGUAAAAGAAAAGGAUCUAAAUUUUGGGACCGAUCUAUUGACGUUAUAGUGAAAAAGAUGCUCAACAUGUUAAGGAGACGUUUGAAGCGACGCGUCCUAAAAUUUUACUGGCAUCGAAAAUUCAACAUGUUGGAUAAAUUCAGUCCCACUCAAAUUGACACUAUGCGAAUGCAAAUAGAAUCUGCGAUAAGACAAUUUCGAAGCUAUCGAAAUACAAAUAUGUUAUUCGAUUUAUUUCUAACUGACAAAGAAAAGGAACAACUCCUAGCAAGGAUGCAAAAAAGGGCGAAGUAAUUCACAUAAUAUCAUAAGAAUUAAUUGGAGGCAAUUUGUUAUCGGACUUUCGCGCAUCAUCCUCAGUCUAUGGUGGAUUUUUUCAGGAAAACCGAACGGGCGAUA